AUGGAACGGGGGCAAAAGAAGCGCGUCAUUAUUUUCUCAACGCACAGAAGUGCAUUGGUACAAUACAAGGAGUCGAAAAAGUUCCUUCUGACCGAGCCAGCCGAUACACAGGUGGAGCUUUUUCACUUUUCAGAACAUGAAUGUUUGGACAUGCGAAAACUGGAUGAGGCAAUCAAUGAAAAUGAAAAUGCACGUGCGUCUGUGCUCUUACUGGCCACCAGCCAAUCCAGCUACUUGUGGUUUGAUCCGGAGCACAGCCCGAGGAACGUGGAGCUUUGUACCACUUUACAAAGACGGCUGAGUGGAAGGAUACGGUUCAUUGUUUGUCCUACCACGCAAUCAGCUAGAGGGAUCUGCAAAGAACUCAACAAGGCUAAGAUUUUUGGCAAUUUUCUUUCAGGCCCCGUAGAGGUGGAAGAGUGGGAGUUUGACCCCAACCUUUCAUUAAACCAGGCAUGUGUCAAAAGCCUGAUUUCAGAUGCACCGCAUCAACCUGCAAUUGUUCGCACUGGACGGCAAAGCUGCUCUUGUGAUUCUCGUUGUCUUGGUGGCAUCGUGACGCGGAUGCUGAUGGUUCUCGUCUGCGCGCUCAUUUGCUACAUGCCCUUUCACAUUUAUCAUAUUUAUCAGACACUUGCUGAGAAGAGAAGGAGCCUUGACAGAGAGAAGAAAGUUAUUUUUGGACAGCGGAAAGCAAAUGAUGACAAAAGUGAGAGGCUCCGCAAAGAAAACGAAAUGCUUAGGCAAGCGAAUCAGGCACUUGCGAAAAAGAACCAGACACUUGCAGAGAGGCAACGUAUCCUCGACAGAGAGAACAAAGCUACUGCUUUCCAGCGGAAAGCAAAUGAUGACAAAAGUGAGAAGCUCCGCAAAGAAACGGACAUGCUUAGCAAAGAGAAGCAGGCACUUGCGAAAAAGAACCAGACACUUGCAGAGAGGCAACGUACCCUUGACAAAAAGAACAAUGCUAUUGCUUCCCAGCAGAAAGAAAAUGAGGACGAGCGUGCGAGGCUCCGCGAAGAAAAGGACAUGCUUAGCAAAGAGAAGCAGAAGCUUGCACAAGAGAAUCAGACACUUGCACAAAGGACAAAGAGCCUCGACAGGGACAACAAGACUAUCGCUCCCCAGCAGAAAGGAAGUGAGAGGCUUCGCGAAGAAACGGACAUGCUUAGCAAAGAGAAGCAGAAGCUUGCACAAGAGAAUCAGACACUUGCACAAAUGAGAAAGAGCCUCGACAGGGACAACAAGACUAUCGCUCCCCAGCAGAAAGGAAGUGAGAGGCUCCGCAAAGAAACGGACAUGCUUAGCAAAGAGAAGAUAGAGAAGCAGAAGCUUGCACAAGAGAACCAGGCACUUGCAGAGAUGCAAAGGAGCCUUGACAGAGAGAACACAGCUAUUGCUAUCCAGCGGAAAGCAAAUGAAGAUGAGAAUGAGAAGCUCCGCAAAGAAAAGUCACAGUUGAAAGCGUUCCGCAAAGAAAAGGAGAUGCAAAAGCGCUCUGCCAAACAGAACCACACCAUCCCUCCAAAGGGGGCAGUCAAUGACGAAAGCAACCAGGCGCUCGGUCAAGACAACACUUUGGAUUUGGAGACCCUUCAGGAGAACAAGCAGAUGGAUGCAUAUGGGCUAUGA